ACGCUUGGACCACUAUAGUUUUCGCACAUUAUUUCGUAUUUGAUCCACUUUUUGUCUCCAGUUACCUCUCGCUUCAGAAAUGGUUCGAUUUAAUUUCGUUUUAGCAAAGACUCGCGGAUGCUAAUUCGGUCCAUUAAAUUUUUCACAGACAAUUCAUUUGGUACCCAAACAUCGAGUUUCUCUUUGUAGGCAGCCUUUUUUUAAAUGGUUCAAAACCGUCUAAUGAUGAAUGUUAAGUUCCUUAGCGAUGUCAUGGCUGAUUAUGUGACGAUCCUGGAGCGAACGGUGAUCCAAAUAUGAACCGAAAGGUACUGAAAGCCUUCCCACCCGUGAUUAAACAAGUGUAUUGGCCCAAAAAAGUAUUUUGAAGGCGAUAAUACAUAUUUGUAUUAAAAUACCUGAAAAAGUUAGUAUAUACGAGGAUAUGAAGAACAGCUUUCGGCCUCUAUUAAGUUUGAACAUUUUCUCACUUAAUUGAACUUGAGUACAGUCUCCUUCGACCUGAUGUAGCGUACAAGGACGACUUUCAACUUUCACCCCUAAAGUUCGUAGCUAAAUUCGUUAACACCCACAAAAGCGUUUUAUUUGAUUGGGUAUGUGUAUGUGUGGCGUUAUCACAGAAUCACUUUUAUUAUACAUCACAGUAAUUGUUUAACUACUUCCACGUAUACAAGUUGGCUAAUAUUUUGUAUCAAUUUAGACAAGAGCACUUUAUCAUAUUUUCUUAAAUGAUCUUACGCUAAUAACAUUUUUCAUUUAUUGUGAAAAAAAAAACAAAAACAAAAAAAAAAUGAUAAUAAUAAUAAUAAAUGCACAUAAGCAACAACAUACGUAUUUAUAUGAUAAAUAUACAAUAUAUCAAUAAUUAAUCAAUGAAACGUAUAUUUCAUAAAAUCUUAAGAAGCAUCCAAAUGUUUGUGAAAUAUAAUAGUGGUUUGGAAAAUAAAAUGAACCCUCAGACGAAUUUCUUUUUAAAUACAGAGAAUUAUUUGCGGUCUUUUGACAGAAUCUCUAUUGAAAAUAAUAAAAUUACAGACUGUCCGACAACUUUGUGCCAUCCGAAAAGUGAAAAAUAUCGCACAGCGCCGCCUAAACAUGACACGAGCGCGAGUUCAAAAUCGGAUAUAAGUGGCUCGUUAUUAUAUUUCGGCUAUAAUUCAGAUGAUUAUGAGCGCGGUUUAGAUUGGUCUACGAGCAGUUACAAUCCCAUACCAUUUUACAAAGAUAAACAAAAACAACGACGGGUUAGAACGACAUUUACGUCCAAACAACUCAAGGAGCUAGAAAAGAUCUUCCAAGAGACACAUUAUCCUGAUAUUUAUACGCGCGAAGAGAUCGCUAUGAAAAUAGAGCUUACAGAGGCACGCGUACAGGUUUGGUUCCAAAAUAGACGUGCGAAAUUUCGAAAACAAGAACGACAAGCCAACAUAAUUAGCACGAAAGUACCGGAGCUAUCACAAAAACAAAUACAAAAUCCUUUCACGCCCAGCUCUAAAUGUCUCUCGCCAUUCAUGAUGUCAACGCUGCUUGCCACCGAAUCAAGUUCGAAAUCUUUGCAAUUAAUUAAAUGAAACUAUUUGGGGAUUUUAAACUUCAACCAAUACAUACAUAUGUAUAUAAAUACCGACUUUUGUAAUCUAGAAAGUGCGUAAAAAUAAAAUACUUGUAUUAAAUGUGCAAUAUGUACAUACGUAACUAUACAUACAUAUCAAUUUAAUUGUAAAGUUUUUUUUAAGCAUGCGCGAACGAUUUUUCAAUUGAUAUUUUGAAGCUUUUGGAAAUACAGUUGAACUUCCAUAACUCGAACUUCUAUAACUCAAAAUUCUCCAUUACUCGAACGCUUGAAUUGGCGCAAUAGCAGUCAAAUUUCAGACAAAUUUCUUGAAAUAACUCGAAGUCUCUCUAACUCGAAGUUUUUUUUUUGUGGAUUUUUGUGAUUCGAGUUAGCGAAGUUCAACUGUAUGUGUUUGAGAUUUUUAGAACACUAAAAUACGUGUAGAUUUGGGUAAAAGCGAUUGGUGUUCAUAAAAUUAAUAAAAUCAGGGUUUAAUAAAAAGAAAGUAUGUAUAUUAUAAUUGUAACUGUUAACUAUAAUUUUGAGCAAAAAAACAGUACGUAACGUAUACCACACGUACACCCGAAGUACGGUGGUUGGCAAACCAAAUGGGGUGAGUGUAGGAUAUUGACUUCUUAAAACUUAUUUUUAGUUACAGUUUUCGAAACGUGGGGAAGAAAAUGAAUAAUUCAGCGAAAAUUAUCAAAAGCAUCACAUCAUUUAGAUAUUCCAUAUUUUUGUAAACGUUUAUAAAUUUCACAAAAUUUGGUUUAAAAAGUAAAUAAAUAAUUAGAUAAAAAAAUAUAAAUUUCAUACCAUUGAGAUAGGCAUAGCAUGUUUAUAACCUAAAAUUUUGCUUUUAGAUCUUAACUUUACAUAUUAACUUAUAGGGUUUUUCGAUAGAGACGCUACUCUCUUCUCCUGAGUAAGGUUUACCAUUUCAUCGUGGAAAGAUAAACGAUCCAACAGCAAGUCGAAAUUAUUUAAAUUUACUACCGAAAUACGCAGUCAGUGGUCUCAACUUUAAGAGCGCUACGUCCAAUUUAUGGUCGUCUUAAUCGUCCUGUCAGUUAAACAACUGAGCAUCUAGUGGAAAAAUUAGAAUCCGCAGGCGUUGUACAAAAUGUGCCCUUUGCCAGUGAGACUAAGAAGCGCCUGUAGUGUCAAGUGCCGCUAGCGCAAUCAGUCUCUCACAUGUCUCUCACAUGUCGUUCUCAAGCGGCAUCUCUGUGACGUCGUUGUGACGAAUUUUGUGAAAAGAUUUUGACCUACAUCCUUACAAGAUCAAAUUGAAGCAAGAACUGAAGUCGCUUGACCACCACAAAAAAAUAAGUUGUAGUUCGAUUAGAAAUACGAAAAGACUUUUUCGACUAAACAAUAUUAUACAUAUGAACAUAUAAUAGAUUUUUGAAAGUGGAUAUAACCCUUAAAGAAAAUAGUAAUUUUC